UGUUGCCUGGUGCACUGGGUGCCCUGAGCUCGUAAGCGGAGGGCGCCCUGCACGCACUGUGCCCGUGUUACUGCUCAGAGCCAGGACGGCUCCCGUAAGCGGAGGGCGCCCUGCACGCGCUGUGCCCGUGUUACUGCUCCGAGCCAGGACGGCUCCCGUAGGCGGAGGGCGCCCUGCACGCGCUGUGCCCGUGUUACUGCUCCGAGCCAGGACGGCUCCAGGCUCUGAGACCUCCCCUGCCCUGGGGCAGCACCACCGGGGCAGCUGCUGGAGGCCGGAGCCCUGGGGGUGUGCCCUCCGCUGCCCACUGCAGAAAUCUGGGGCCGUGCGUGGGGCUCGAGCUCUUGGGCAGAGGGGCUUUGAGCUGCACAGUCAGGGACCAGAGCCCCCCUUCCCUGGUGUGAGGGGCUCCGGCUCGUCCCAGCUGCCCUGGGUCCGUGUUCUGGUGGGAAGGGAGGAGGCCCCUGGAUGCCUGAGCGCCCGUUACCCUGCAGCUGCUCCCGGAGCUCUGCCCGCGGAACGGAGCCUGGCAGUGCAGGGACACAGGGGUCACCUCUUCAGCUUCCUGCCUUCUGUCAACGUCACUCACACCAAGGAGGACGCCCUGGCUCCCAGCAGGCAGGCAGGGCCCGGCACGAUGAAGAGCACCCCUCUCCCAGCACAGGUCCUGCCGUGCCUGCGGCCGCGGCAGCACCACGGAGAGCAGCUCUCAGAGAUGGGAAGGACACGUACAAGACCCUGGCCCGGCCGGCUACGCCUGCCCCUGGGUGCCGUGGUGGGGUCUCUGGAAGCAGCCCCGGGGGCCCGGCUAAGCCGGCCUCGCCGCCCCAGGAGCAGUGCCCCCUGCAUCCUGGCUCCACAGACACGGGCACGGAACACCAAGACGACAGCCUCUGCUCCCUGGGGACGGACGGGAGCGGCCGGUCCUGGGCGGCUGAGGAGCUGUGCGACGUGACCAUCAGCGAGCUGUACGCGGGGAUGCUGCGCUCCAUGAGCCGGCUGCUGAGUGCAAAGCCGGCGUGCGUCAUCUCCACCAGAGCGUCUGUGCUUCAAGCCUGGAGCUGCAGGCGGCGGCACAGGUGGAGGAGCAGGCUGAACAGGACGUACUGCGAGGCGGGCAGGCGUUCCCGGGGGAGCUCCUCGCACCCACCCCUGCCGGGGCCGGAGCCGGAGCCGGGUGCGGGACCACUGAGAGACUGCGAGAACCUACUCGAUGUUUCUCGCCGUAAGGCGGGUUUUAAAUUGGAAAGGGCUUGUCUUGAAGGCAACAAAUCCCAGGUGCAGACGUCCGAUCCGGGCUGGAAGGAGCUGCAGCUGACGCCACGGAGGAACUCGGCUCCGGCAGGCUCGGACGUCGGAGCGGUGCGCGCCCUGGGCCGGGAGCGCAGGCUCGGGAUGCUGCAGUGGCUGCUUUCCCCUGUGAAGCUCAUCUCUGGACCAGCAACGCCACAGGGCCCCCGCGGGGAGCGCUACAGGGAGAUCCGGGUCCGAUUUGAGAGACUGCAUCGGGAGUACGCCCUGAGCCCCGGCAGACAGCCUCGCCACACGGGCCUCGCGGACUCCUGGGCCGUGGGCCUGUACAGCGGCGGUCCGGUGAGCCCAGGGGGUUCCUGGAGCUUCGAAACCCACAGGCCGGGUCUGUCUGUGAGAGCGAAGGGCAAGACGUUGAGGGAGGCCUUCGAGCGCCUGGGCAGAUCCGUGGACUCAGGCCAAGGCCGGCCAGAGGACGGUCCCUCUCCCUUGCCUGCAGGGCCCAGCCCCGUGCCGAGCCCAGGCCGCCCGCAGCAGGCGAGGAGCCUUGUCCCGGGAAGCAGCCCUGGCCUGCUUAGGAAGGCGGCGUCACCCGGCGGAGCUGUUCCAGGACCCAGGACAGAACCUCUGGGCUGCGGGAGGAAUCGUUACGAUGAGAUUAAAGAAGAGUUUGACAAGCUGCAUCGGGAGUACUGCAGCACGGCACCGCGGCCGGUCGCAGCGUCUCCAGACACGGCAAGUGCGCAGGCCCGGCACCGGACAGACGAUGUCCUGGGAAAACCGAACCCGGACUCCCGGUCCCAGAAGUUGUCGCUGUCAGCCCAGUGGCACAGAAGAGGCGCACUGGGCUCGAGCGCAGUGGAGGACGGGGCGUCUGCUGGAGCCACCAGGGGUGACCAUUGGUCCCCUGCGAAGCGCCGCAGGCUGCCAGACCCCCAGCUGCGCGCACCCCAGGCCGACUCCUGGGACUCCCCAGGCCCGGACCACCCAGCGGGGAAGAGAAGAGGCGAGAGCACGGCUUUCCAGACAGACGGACGGAGUGACUGUCGCUAGAAGGCAGUGCCGGCGUCUCCACCGGGCAGUGUGCAGCGCUGUCCCCCUUGCUCUCUGGUUUGUGGCUUUUUCUUCGGCAUCACAAAGACGGGAGAACCUGGUUGGCUUUUCUGCCCUUAGACAGAUUUCAGCAGCACCCACUCCGUCAGACGGCGCUCGGGCCCCGGGACGAAGUCAUGGAAAUAAAGUCGCUUAAUUAAAAAACUC